AUGGGGGAUAUAUGUGAGCGCGAAAUAUGCGAUAACAUCUCUAUAUAUCCCCCUUCAUCGGAUGAACACAUAGAUAACUAUCUAAGGAAUAUAGAAAAGAAAAAUAAAUGGCAACUAGGCAAAAUCAUCUCCAAAAUUUACAACCUAACAACUUAUAACAACGGUGUAGAUGAUUUUUACAGUAAGAUGUCUCCAUAUUAUGGUGCAGAUUCGACAAAAGAUAAUAUUUUUGUCCAUUUGGGCCCUGUUAUUGGCCUACAUUAUGCUAAAUCAACCAAUCUUUCCAACACCACUUGUGGUUCAUUGAUUGUGGUAAAUCCCAAUUCACUGCAACGCUUUAAAGACGAACACAAACUACUCCAGCACAAAUCAACCCACCCAAUUGCAAUAACUACCGUAUCCUUUGGUUCUAUUGGUGGAAUUGGCAAGUGCAUUUUUUACGCUACUCAAUGUGGCAAAAUAUUUGUGCAUCUAUCAGAAAAUUUUGAACAGCUUCUCAUGGCAGAUACCUCACAUUAUUACGAAGAUAAAGCAGUGGAGUUUACCAUUUUAUCUGUAAUCUCGCCUGUUGGAGGUUAUGUCGAAUAUAUAGCCGCUGGUAAUAUUUUUGGUCAUAUAUUCCUCUACCAAGUACCAGGCAUGACCCUAAUGAAAGUAUUGUUUAAGGGAGUAGAUGAUUUUGAUUUGUAUAUUCCUAAGGAUUUGGAUUCGGAUACUUAUACACCAAAAGCUUUAGAAUCUUUAUACAAUGAUGACUUUAUUAAACAGAACGAAUACAUAUGCAAUAAAAAUUUUCCCAACACACAAACUGAUGGGCUAUUCACCUGUGCUAUGAAUGUGGCAUUUAAGAACAAUCUUUGGAUUGCUUUUGGCGAUAGCACUCUGAUUGUGCUGUCGACACCUGAAUUUACAGUAUUGCAUCACACGUCACUACAAGUUGCUGAUAGCAAAUACGUUGCUACAAAUAUCCAAUUUUCAAGGAUACACGAGAUUGCACUGGUGUUGCUGGGAAAUGAUUAUUUGAUGGUACGUGACAUUUGUACCUUUAACUGUCUAAGAAUAAUUACAUCAAAUAUCCUCACUUGUGGAUUCCCCAUUUCAACUCUACUUCUUUAUGAUACUUAUGACUACUCUCUUUCAGCCAGAACUUGCAUACUCGUAGUGGCUGGAAUGGACGGAUCAAUUUGCUUGCGCAAAUUGGAGCGUAAGGAGGGCACACAAUUUGCAUGGACCCUAAUUAAGCGAUUUGUUUCACAGAAAGAUGAAACUAAUAAUGGCGAUAACCAGGUACCAAUAUUGUGUAUGCACUUGGACGAAUUUUCUGAUUCGUUUUUUUUGGGAGACGCUAGGGGUCUGGUGCGCAGAUACUCCAAUUUUUUUGAAUUGUACCAUAAGGAUUCUAGAAGUGUGGAUAUUAAAGUCAAAGAUCAUGCUGGUGAUGGAUAA